AUGUCUGGAAAUCGCAACUCCCGAAUCCUCUCCAUGCAUGGUGGUCGUUCUGGUGGAAAAAGCCUAGGCCGCAGUGGUGAACAAGGCAACCCGGGAAGUGAUUACCGUGGUGGCAGCCGUGGCUCUUCUUCUAACCCUCCUUACCGUGGCGGUGAUCAACGCGGACGUGGUGGUGGUGGUGGUCGCCCAGAGCCAGAUGAAGACCCUAACGUGAUGUACAACUCUUCCGUUACUACUAACCCAGAAAUCGAAGCCUUCGAAGACAAAUGUAUUGCCAAGAACAAAGGCAAACGAGCUGACAAGGGAGAACUCGCUCUUCGACCUGGCUAUGGUGUUAAAGGGGCAGCUGUUGUCAUGCGCGCCAACCUCUUCCAAGCCAGGUUCCAUGGAGCGGACUGGUUUCACUACACAGUGAAGGUUGUCGUUGCCAUGAAAAACUUACUGCCGGGCAAUCCCUAUGAAGUCACCAUCGACAGUAACCUGAAAGCAGCCAAAAAAUUCUCUGUUGAACUGACUCUGUCCGAGAAAGUUAACCCCUCAGAGCUGGUCAAUACCCUGGAUAACAUCGCUCUUCGGACACAACCGCCGAAUGAAUUCUCGUCCCUUCAGAUGAUGAACAUUCUCAUGAGCGCUCAUCCAUUCCGUGACCCAGGUGUUACGACAAUCAGAAGCUCCAAUGGUAACAAGGUCUUCUGGACCGACGGGAGAAAACAAGCCGCUGAUCUGCAGGGCGGUAUCGAGUGCAUUCGGGGCUUUAACUCUAGCGCAAGAAUAUGUGACAAUCAAGUCUUUAUCAACUUGGGCAUCAAUCACAGCUCAUUCUUCCAUGAAGGCCCAUUGCAUAGUAUUCUCACCCUCUUCAACGCGAUGAAUCCCGAUCAACCCCCGGAUUAUGUUCUCUUCAAUCGAUACAUCAAUCGACUUCGCGUCAAUGUCACUCAUCUUGGUAAACACAUGGAGUGCGGGGUCCUGGUUUACAAGCAGAGAAGCAUUUGGGGCCUUGCUUGCCCUGAGAAAGAUGGGAGAACACAUGGAACUAACCCGAAAACGAAAGAAAAAAUAAUCCCAGACCCCAAUCCUCCCAGAUUCACAAAUGAGAACAUAGGAGCCACCGCAGAUCAGGUUUCUUUCUUCAAAUGCGACAAGGGUGCUAAUGGCAAAUCUCUUUCUGCUGGAGGAUACAUUACUGUCACUCAAUACUUCAAGGAGGAAUACGACUUGAAGCUGAAGUACCACGACUGGCCUGUGGUGAAUGUUGGCAGUUUCGUUCACCCGGUUUACCUUCCCCUUGAUGUCUGCCUUGUUCCAGCGGGACAGCGCUUCAUGGGUGAGCUGGCGGCCAUUCAACGCAAGAACAUCAUUAGUUUUAGCUGCCGUAAGCCGCCCAAUAACUACAAGUCCAUCACGCAGGACGGCCGAAGAAUUAUGGGGAUGGACAAUCCAUUAAAGAAUAUCGACACCGAGUUCAGACCUGAAAUGAUCGCUGUCAAUGCACGCAUCCUUCCGCCGCCGAUUCUGAAGUACGGAAAAACCAAGACGAUGAUGCCGAAAGAUGGAUCUUGGAACCUGAGAGGUCAGCAAUUUUGCAAACCAGCUGAAAUCAAGAAUUGCAUGGGCGUCGUCUAUACCAGAGCCUCGCUUAAUACCAUUGACAAUGAAUUAGUCAGGAAGGCAUUUGACAGUUUGGCGGCAGAGGGAAAGAAUUUGGGCAUGAAGUGGUCUGCAUGGAACCAAGGCAUCCACACAAAACAGAUAGGAAAGACACCCGCGGAGUGGAUGAAGCAACUCGAGCUUAUGUUCGAACAUAUCCGCAACAAUCCGGUCGACCUGGUGGUCAUCGCACUUCCCGCAGGCGAAGAGCGCUUCUUCGACCACCUCAAAUGGUGGAGUGAGACUAAGGCAAAGGUCAUGACUCACUGUUGUCUCUACAGCAAGUUUGUCACCCAUGGCAGACCAGAAAAUUCGCAGUACAACGCCAACAAUGUCAUGAAGAUCAACUUGAAGAUGGGCGGUGACAAUCAGACGCUCAAAAAUGCGCCUCGCUUGAUAGAAGGAGGAACAACCAUGGUCGUUGGUCUUGAUGUUACUCACCCAUCUCCGACUGACCCGGAAGGAUUCCCUAGCAUGGCAUGUAUUGUCGCUAGUACGGACAAGUCGAUGGGGCAAUGGCCUGGUGAGGUCAUGGUACAGGAGGCUCGCAAAGAGGAAAUCGGGACUCUCAAGGCGAUGAUGCUGGGUCGCCUGCAACACUGGAAGGCCGUUCACAAGGUCCUUCCCACCAAUAUCCUUAUCUACCGCGAUGGUGUCAGCGAUGGCCAAUUCAAAAUGGUCCUGAAAGAUGAGUUGCCCCAAGUUCAGGAAGCAGUUGCUUCUCUGUACGGGGGCAAAAAUGCAAAUAUCACCAUCGUCGUGGCUGGCAAACGACACAACGUGCGCUUCUACCCGGCCCAGUCUCGUUUUGCCGACAAGAGAUAUGGCCCAAAGAGCGGCUUGGUCGUUGACCGCGGCGUCACUCGCCCGAUUUACUGGGACUUCUAUAUGCAGGCACAGGCGCCGCUCCAGGGUUCAGCCCGCCCGGCACACUAUAUCGUGAUUCACGAUGAGAUUUUCAGCGCAAACAACUCUGACUCCCACCCAGCCGACUCUCUCCAGCAACUGACACACGACAUAUGCUACAUGAUGGGUCGUUGCACCCGCUCUGUUGGCUAUGCCACCCCUGCCUUCCUCGCUGACAAGUACUGCGACCGGGCCCGAAGAUACAUGCGAGCAUUCUACUACGAAACCCUAAUCAAAGAGGGUAAACACAAGAAGCCCGACAACAACAAAGCGAUCAAAAAUACAAACGCAAAUAACGCGAUGGCUUACAUUUAA